CGGGUGUCAAGUCGGGCGCCCGCGUGGAGGCCGUUUUGGCGAAAUCUCUUGUGGUACGCUAGGGCUUGCGAGAGCUCCGCGGAACUGUUAUCCGGCGACGGCGGGAGGAGGGCGAUGGAGGAAUCCUGGAGGAUUCUCGAGUUCUACAGCGGCAUCGGUGGAAUGAGGUACUCGCUGAUGAGGGCUGGGAUUCGAGGGGUGGUGGUGGAGGCGUUCGAUAUCAACGACAAAGCCAACGACGUCUACGAGCACAACUUCGGCCAUCGCCCCUUCCAGGGGAACAUUCAGACCUUAACUGCUAUUGAUCUAGACAAAUAUGGAGCACAUGCAUGGCUUCUUUCCCCUCCAUGUCAACCAUACACACGACAAGGUCUUCAAAAGGGCUCAGCUGAUGCACGAGCAGUUUCUUUCAUCAAGAUCCUAGAGCUUAUUCCACAUAUGCUGCACCCUCCAUUACUGUUAUUCAUGGAAAAUGUUGUUGGGUUUGAGACAUCAAAUACUCACAAGCAGAUGAUAAAAGUUCUGACAAGAGUUGGUUUUGUCACUCAAGAAUAUAUCUUGAGUCCGUUGCAAUUUAAAGUGCCAUAUUCUAGGCCUCGGUACUUUUGCCUGGCAAAAAGGAAGCCCUUGUCUUUUCAGCACCCAUCUUGUAAUAACCAACUGCUUCGGACUCCCCCUUCACACUUGACAUCAAGCAGUACCAUACCAAAGGAUAGGCACCAUUUCUCUGAUGGACAGGAAGAGUUUGGCAUAUCUUGUGAACCAAUAAGAAACUUUCUAGAAGCACAAACUUCAUAUAAUCCUCAGCCAGAGUAUGCUGGAGUCAGUUUCUGCCUCAAGUGUAAUGUCUGUCCAGCGAAUUGUGAAAAGAACACUGAUGAUGCUUUAGUCAACAGUGGUGCACCUCAAGACAUAGAAAAUACCAAUAUCCGCACUGGCAAUAUUGUUGAAGAGGUUGAAGGUGCUAAGGAAGACAAAAUUGCCUUGGACAAGUAUGCAGUUCCAAUAAGUUCUAUUGAAAGGUGGGGAAAUGCCAUGGAUAUUGUGUACCCUGACUCCAAACGCUGCUGUUGUUUCACAAAAAGUUAUUAUAGAUAUGUGAAGGGAACAGGCUCUUUACUGGCGACCUCUGAAAGCAUCAACUCAAAGCCAGCAAAAAAGCUUGAAAUUUCCUCCUUAAAAGAGUUGUGUCUUCGAUUUUUCACACCCAGAGAGGUAGCAAAUCUGCAUUCUUUUCCGGCGGAUUUCCACUUCCCACCACACAUAGGCCUUCGACAACAGUAUGCCUUGUUGGGGAAUAGUCUAAGUGUAGCAGUCGUGGCUCCCUUGCUCCAGUAUCUAUUCACUGAACCUACAUAAAUUGCAAAAAAUGCCUGUUUUAGCAAAGGGCAACUUUGAGCUUGUUUGUCUCCGGAACAUUGAUGAUGAGUCUCUUCCUGAAAUUUAAUAUCCUAAUGACCAAGCCGCAAGGAUAAACUGAGACAGAAUUUUGCAGACUAUUUCUGGAUUAUCUUUAUGGUAAACAUAUAAGUGCUGCCCCUCAGAUCCGCCAAUAAGCAGUUAACUGCGCUUGUCUGACAUCCAUGCAGGUUUAAGUGCAGUUCGAUUGGUAUCUGAUAGGCUGGCCGCCAUAUUGAUUUGUAAUGUGAUCUACAGAUGCAUACUGCUAGACGAAAAGAAAGCUACAUUUGAUAGAUACAUCUUUGAGAUAGUGGCUAAUAGUGAAGAUAUAGGCAAAAAGUUUCUUUUUCCUACGUCUACUGCAUGGAGUCAUGAUUUGCUGAUUCAGCUGACUACCCAACUUUCUGAUGGAAGAGGUUGUUCAGAAUCCAUCUAUCUCUGCAAAUUUAAAUGUUAAAUUUUGCUGAGAAGCUCUCUCUAGGAGCACAUCAAGAGAUGUUUGAGGUUCAAAAUCAUUCAUACUGUUGGAGGCAGCUAUUUAUGUUUUUGUAUUCAUUUAACUAGCUAUUGUGACAUUUGUUGGAUCCAAAUCCAGUUGUGGAUAGGCCCCUUUGCAGGAGAUUUUCUGUUUGAGCUUCUUGUCGUAUCAUCAGUUGUCUGUUUUACUUGGUGAAGAUUGUGUGCAUCUGUGCCCGCAUGUCAACAGCAUGUGCUUUCCAUGAAUACAGGUCAGAGAAAGGGUUUGGGACUGGGUCUUUGCGGGGGUUGGGACCGUGGAAGUAUUAGUUUUCCUUGGAGACGAGACUGCACUCCGGGAUGUUAUUAACUUAUUAUUUGAAAGCUACAUUUGCGUAUUUAAAACUUUUUAACUGUUUGUUUUAACGAUCAUCUGUUCCACUGUAAUUGGAUUACAUGCAAUUCAAAUACAGGCUGUAAUUGACAUCUAGUUGGAAAAGUUAUUCAUGUUUAGUUGUUUGUAA